UUCAAUCUCGAUGAAGAAGCUGGUAAAAGACAAAUUUAUCACCGUUAUUGUAUGGAACGAGCUGCAGCACAUGUUGCACACGUUUUUACCACAGUAUCUGAUAUUACCGGAAAAGAAUCCGAGUACUUACUCUCCCGGAAGCCUGAUAUUAUAACUCCCAAUGGGUUAAACGUUGUCAAAUUUUCAGCAUUACAUGAAUUUCAAAAUCUUCAUUCGCUAUCCAAAGAGAAGAUUCACGAUUUUGUCCGCGGCCAUUUCCAUGGACAUUAUAAUUUUGAUCUGGAGAAGACGUUAUAUUUCUUUACUGCUGGAAGAUAUGAAUUUUCUAACAAAGGAGCAGACAUAUUUAUCGAAGCAUUAGCUCGUUUAAAUCACUAUUUGAAAAAUGCCAAUUCCGAUAUGACUGUCGUUGCCUUCCUUAUAUUCCCCGCACGAACGGAUAACUUCAACGUGGAAAGUCUCCGUGGUCAUGCAGUUACCAAAAGCUUACGAGACACCAUACUAGAAAUACAAACCAAAGUCGGCCGAAGGAUUUACGAAAUUUGUUUAAGGGGACGAAUGCCUGUCGAAGAAGAGUUGUUGAACAAAGAAGACACCGUCAGGUUGAAACGGUGUCUGUACGCUUUACAGAGAGACGACUUGCCACCGGUAACCACUCAUAACGUAGUAAAUGAUUGGUGCGAUCCCGUACUGAACACGAUACGGAGAUGUAAGCUGUUCAACACCACAGCCGACAAAGUUAAAAUUGUAUUCCACCCGGAAUUUUUGUCCUCGACUAACCCGUUGUUUGGAUUGGACUAUGAGGAAUUCGUGCGCGGUUGUCACUUGGGAGUAUUCCCCAGCUACUACGAACCUUGGGGAUACACCCCCGCCGAAUGCACAGUCAUGGGAAUCCCGUCAAUUACUACAAACUUGUCGGGUUUCGGUUGUUUUAUGGCCCAGCACAUCGCUGAUCCUUUAAGUUAUGGAAUUUACAUCGUGGACCGUCAAAACAUCAGCAUCGAAGAAUCUGUCAGACAACUCGCGCAGUAUAUGUACGAUUUUGCGAGGAUGAGCCGUAGACAACGAGUGAUCCAGCGAAACCGUACAGAACGGUUAAGCGAUUUGCUCGAUUGGCGUAAUUUGGGUAUUUAUUAUCGUCAAGCCAGGUUGAAGGCAUUAUGUCAAGUGUUCCCGGAUAUGUUUGAUAAAGAAACAGAAACGUUAUGCAUCACAGAAGCAUCGAGACGUCGAUACAACUAUCCUCGUCCUUAUUCUGAACCACCGUCACCAUCGAAUAGCCGACCGACCACACCUGGAGCUUCACUACACGGUUCAGAUGACGAAGAUAUUGAUGAUGAGCGUGAGCUUGCAGAGCUUUCGGAACAUAUAAGUCAUUAACUAUACCUACAUAGUUUGUUGCUGUAAUAAAUAUUAAAUAUUAUAUUUAACACAUAACAUAAUACUUCUGAAAAAUGUAUUUAAUAUUUUUUGUGUAAAAAAAAAUAGUUGUUUUUACUAAAAAUACAUAUAUUUUAAUGAGAGUA